CAGAUUAUAUCUUUCCGUAUUGAAGGGCAUUACAGUAUUUUAUUUAAUUCCAAUUUGCGUCAAGUGUUCGUGCCACCGUUGGAACCAAUUUUUGUUUGUGAUAAUCUUGUUUCGUUACGUUUUCAGAAAGGCUAGGAUCUUAUCUGUGCUUUGUUUCCGCUCGAGCAGUAAAUUAAGUUGAACCCAAUCACGUUCGGCUCCAAAUUGAUCUUUUUCUCCCUUCUUUCGGCGAAAAAAAAUGGAGAAUACAUUUUGACGAGUUAUUUAAGCUUGCGUCGAGUCCAUUUUAAACGGGCUCCUCACAUGUCAGGACCCCGGCUACCGGUUCUCGCUCGGAGCAUGUUAGCUUAGCUUGGCGCAGUUCAGCUAUAUGCUAUUGCUACAUGCUACGUGUCCAGACAUUGGGCGAGAUGCCGCCGACAUGAGCGACUCUUGGCCGGAGGAAAAAUGCUGAUCGCUGGACGAGUUAAAAUGAAGUCCGAUUAAACGAGAGCGAUCGUCAGCAUGGCCGAUAUUAAGGACUCACGCAGGAGUUUGAAUUGUGUUUUAAAAAAGUGAACGAUUGAAGAAGCACGAUGAUGUUCUCAUCGAGGAGGAAACCCGUGCUUUACUUUAAGGAGCAGAGAAGGUUAACGGGGGACCAUUGUUCGCUGUACAAGCUGUUCGGCUUUUGUUUGCUGCUGCUGCUUGCGUCUCUGCUGUGGCUGCAGCUCAGCUGUUCGUCAGACAUGGCCGCUGCCGCCUCCUCGCAGCGGGACGGACGCCUCCCGCAGCAACCGCCCCCAGCGUGCCGAGCCGAGAGCAGCCCGCGAGAUGAGGAGUCGUGGGGUCCGCACAAGUUGUCGCUACUGGUGCCCUUCAGGGAGCGCUUUGAGGAGCUGCUGGUUUUCGUGCCUUUCAUGCACUCCUUCCUCAAUAAGAAGAAGAUUGCGCACCAAAUUCUCAUCAUCAACCAGGUGGACCAUUACAGGUUCAACCGGGCGUCGCUGAUCAACGUGGGCUACCUGGAAAGCGCCAACGACACGGACUACCUGGCCAUGCACGAUGUGGACCUGCUGCCCCUUAACGACGCGCUGGACUACGGCUUCCCAGCCAACGGGCCCUUCCAUGUGGCCUCGCCGGACCUGCACCCACUCUACCAUUACAAGACCUACGUGGGUGGCAUCCUGCUGCUCACCAAGAAGCACUACCACAUGUGUAACGGGAUGUCCAAUCGUUUCUGGGGGUGGGGCCGCGAGGACGACGAGUUUUACAGACGGCUGCGAAAGGCGGGCUUGCAGUUGUUCCGGCCGAGCGGCAUCACCACGGGAUACAAGACCUUCCUGCAUGUGCACGACCCGGCUUGGCGCAAGCGGGACCAGAAGCGUGUGGCAGCCCAGAAGCAGGAGCAGUUCAAAGUGGAUCCAGAAGGGGGCCUCAGCAACCUGCGCUACCAUGUCGAGUCCCGCCAGGAGAUGACUAUAGAGGGCGCCCCCUGCACCAUCAUCAACACAAGGCUGGAUUGCGACCAAGACCAGACGCCCUGGUGCCUCCUCAUGUAGGGCAUGCACGCAAACACGCACGCAGGCUGCCACACAAGCUUUUUAUUUUGGAAAGCUCCUGAACAGGAACCAGUUGAGGCACAACUAGGCAGUGUUGAAAAUGCCUCCCUCCAGUGCCAUGAAAUCAGAGAGGUGGCCAUUUUGUGGUCUGGUUCGAAUGGAGCCUAUCCCUGAAAUCCGGUUUACCAACCUUUUAUUUUUUAACGAUAAAAGGAAUGUUACCCCUAAAUGUGUGUCCCGUGUAAAUUACAAAUCAAGGACACUAAACUCCUGCUCAGCAAAACAACAUGAAGUGCAAAAACUCAUUUUGUGCAAUUUCUUUUCACUGAAAUCAGUACCAUGUCAUUCCAAAUGUACAAAACAAUGAGUGCCACUCACCUUGAAAUACUGUAUAGUGCAGUAUAAACCCAUAUAUAUAUAGAGAGAGAGAAGAGAGGGAGAGGGGGGGGCAGUCAGAGUGUGAGCCCCUUGUCCUCUCUCUGUUGUUGUGCGACAUAAAACUCUUGUACAAUCUCGCGUUCCAUUGUACCAUUGUUGUUUUUACGUUGGGGGAAUUGGGUUAGCUCUUUCUCUAAACUAAUUCUGUGCCCAAGACACCAACAUGUCAAUCGUCACUUUUUUAGUUUUUUCUUGCAUCCCUUUGUAGCUAUUAGUGUGUGCAGAUGUGAUGAAUGAUUGAUGAAUCAUUCGCUCAUUUCCGAAUCACGAGUCAGACAUUUUUGGUGGCUAUUUGAGGAAAUAUCCAGGUAUGCUUAAUACAAAUAAAGUAUACUGUCGGUAUAAUGAUAGGGGAGUACAGAAAGACUCAGUGAUUCCCAACAUCUCUUGAAUAGAUUGUUAGAAGAGCAAACAGCAGGUGGCGCCGCCAACUGGACAAGAUUCUCCAGUCUCUGCUGCUUCACAUCAUCUUUUGCAUGGGCACAGGGUUUUAUUUAUUAGUUUUCUUUUCAUUAUCAUUAUUGGCAGGAAUGGAAAGUCUAGUGUUAAAAGUCAAAUUGGGGGAAAAAAAUAGAAAAGGCAUUACAUUGAAUGUUUUAUUGUAUCCAUCUAUCCAUCCAUACAUUUUCAACACCACUUAUCCUGAACAGAGUUGCUGAGAAUUACUGGAGCCUAUCCCAGCUGACUUUGGGUGGAAGGCGGACUACACCCCUGUCGCCAACCAGUCACAGGGCACACAUUAAGAGACGAACAACCAUUCACACACACAUGGACAACAUCAAAGAACAAUGCCAAUGUAGUUUAGAAAAGUCAAAAGUGGCCCCAGAAUUCAAAAGUUUGCUCACCCCUCAACUGAGCUAGCAUUGCUAACAUGUAGCCUAGCUAGCGAGCAGCAGCAGAAUGUUCUGUUUCCGAAAGUUUUUUUUUUUAUUACGUCUUGAUGUUAAGUCAUGUCAAGUGGAAGAGAUGCAUCAAUUAUUUAAGUUAUUUUUCCUAUUUAAGUGUUUUGGUUUUUUUUUUAACUUUAGUUUUUCUUGAGGAGCGCCACAAAUGGACAUGAUGUUACUUGUAAGAUGAUGACAUCUUUGAACAAGAAUAAUGAUGAUCAUGAUAAUCAACCUCAGACGGCUGUCAUCCAUUUUGUUGGCAAUAAACGGUACGUUUUUAUUUU